AUGUAUGUUGUGGCUGUCCUGGGCAAUUCUACUAUUCUCUACAUCAUUAAGGUGGACCAAGGACUUCAUGGCCCAAUGUAUAUCUUCCUCUUCCUACUAGCAAUUGUGGAUAUCUUAAUAGCCACCACAGUCAUGCCUCAGAUGUUGGGGGUCUUCUGGUUUAAUCGGCGGCGGAUUGCUUUCAACAUGUGUCUGGCUCAGAUGUUCUUCAUCCCUUUCCUAUCCACCCUGGAUUCUGGGAUACUGAUGGCCAUGGCUGUAGACCGAUAUGUGGCCAUUUGCCACCCACUUCGAUAUUCUUCCAUUUUAACUAACCGAAACAUUUCAAAGUUCUCCUUGUUCAUACUAGCAAGGGGGGCAGCUGGGAUAACCCCUUUUCCAUUGCUUAUUAAGAGGCUUCCCUCGUUUCGGAGAAAUUUGCUGACACAUUCUUACUGCCUCCAUCAAGAGGUCAUGAAGUUGUCCUGCGUGGACAUAAAGGUCAACGUCAUCUACGGCCUGUUUAUCAUUCUCUAUACCAUGGGCAUGGACUCUCUGUUCAUCUCCAUCUCGUACCUCCUGAUCAUAAAGACGGCGGUGUGUCUUUUGGCCGAAGCCAGUCUGAAGGCUAUCAGUACCUGUGCCGCCCAUGUAUGUGCCGUCCUUAUCUACUACAUCCCCCUCAUCGGCCUUUCUGUGGUGCACCGGUACCCAAGUGACUCAUCCCCAAACAUUCACAUCCUUUUUGGAAAUAUUUACCUCCUUCUGCCCCCAGUCAUCAACCCCUUGCUUUAUGGCAUUAAAACCAAGCAGAUUCGAAACAGGCUUAGUAAAUCGCUCGGUAAAUUAAUAAGUCAAAGUAAAAUGUGGUAA